AUGUUCAAAAAAUUCACUAAGGAAGACGUCCAUUCUCGUUCGAACAUCAAGUCGUCGGUCCAAAGAGGUUUAAAAACCAAAUUUGUCUCACAAUUUGAAAAGUUGGAGCCCGUUAUCGAUGAUAUCAUACCGAAGAAGUCCCAAGCUAUUCUCAUAAAAUGUGAAGACAGAAUCCAAUUAUAUUCCAUAGAUGAAGAGGUUGUUUUGUUCCAACAUUUUGAUGACUUGAUCCCAACCUUAAAGGUUGUACAUAAAUACCCAGACUGUUUUCCUAGAGUCCAAGUUGACAGAGGUGCAAUCAAGUUUGUCUUAUCUGGUGCUAACAUCAUGUGUCCAGGAUUGACAUCUGCAGGUGCAAAAUUACCAGAAGAGAAUUUGCCAGUGGAUACUUAUGUAACAGUCUACGCUGAAGGUAAGGAAAAUGCAUUGGCCAUCGGUAAAUUGUUAAUGAGUACUGAUGACAUCAAAUCUAUUAACAAGAACAUUGGUGUUGAGUUGGUUCAUUAUUUGGGUGAUGGUUUAUGGAACCUUACUGAGUAG